AUGCCAGAAAAUGGAUCUUUCGAGCACGAUGAGGUAUCUUUUCAGACAAUGUCUUCAGCACCUGUUUUAGAUUAUCCUAGAACCGUUUCACUACCUCCUCGCCAACUCAGGAAAAGGCCUACGAAAACAGCUUAUAAAAGCUUUCAAUUUUUGGAUGCAUAUACCUGCCGAAAAACUCGAACUUCUCAGUGAAGUAGUUGAGAUGCUCCAUAACGCCAGCCUAGUGUAAGUGUAACUAUUGUGUGCACCCUAGAGUAAACUUCAAUAUCCGUAUUUCCUAAUAUCGUAUAUCCUCUUUUCUAAGCAUCGAUGACAUUGAGGAUGGUUCAAGUCGCAGAAGAGGCAGGCCAGCUGCUCAUAUGCUUUUUGGUGUUCCAAUGUCGAUUAAUGCCGCCAACUACGCUUACUUUCUCGCUCUUGAGAAGGCGCUUGCGCUGGGUCACUCAGACGUGCCGCGUAUUUUCACAGGUUUGUGCCUGACAGUAUUUUUCUAUGCGAGCCUGCAUUUUUUUUACGGUAUGUCAUUUGAUUAAUAGACCGGUUCGAUACACCUCAGGUGGCUUCCUCCUUCUCAGGGGAAUCAGAGAUAGCGGGCGAAGCUGUUGAAUGCUGAGCUUUUGUUUGAUUGAGCUUUGAGCAAACUCAGCCGGUUGGAAGACAUCGGCUUUUGUUUCGUGUUCUGCUUUGCCGCCUAACCCAUAAUCGUGAUGCAGGAUGAUCGGUUUGCUUUGGUCAUUCAACUCGUCUGUUAUCCAAGGACCUUGAGUCUUCUUUUCUGACUCUUUAACCCCUUCACAGCAAGUUUUUUCUCAGUGCUCCACGACGGCGAGAUGCAGCAUCUACUACUGAGGAUGAUAGACAACCGGAACGAUUGUGUUCCGACGUGGUUAUUGCUGUGUAACGGCCUGUAAUACACCUUAAGAGGGAGAGGGGGUCUAGUGCAAAACGGAUAGUCCCCAAUCCUGUUUUUCGCCAUUCGUGAACGUCAUGCAAGUGCGGUUUUGAGCAUUCUCCACUGAUUCCGACAUAUCGUGGGACUGUGGAUUGGAGUCUGAGGUUUUCUUGACCGGAACUUAAAAUAUAACCGGAGCUACCGGACAACCUAUAACUGUCUAUCCUAUUAUAUGUCUUACCUUCCGACACUGCUCGUCUGGUUUCUUCUUCCUUGUUUUUCCUCAGAUAACCCUUACUUGUCUUUUUCAUUUGAACUGUAAAUAGAACAGAUGUUGGAUCUCCAUCGAGGUCAAGGACUGGACAUUUAUUGGCGUUGCUCGUGCACUUGUCCGACGGAACAGGCUUACGACGACAUGGUGAUUAAAAGUAAUUUCCUCUACUAGCACAGUCGCGUAGUUCUCUUCUCCUGCUCCAGUUAUUUAAUAGGUAUGUUGAUGCAUCGGAUGGCGUCUGUCUGUACUGGUUCAACCUUCCAGCCCCAUUAGUCGAUUCCCGCAGCCUUUUUGCGAUGCGUCCUGCUUGGCUGCCAACUUCAUUAUCAUGCACGUAGCCCCCAGCGUAUUCCGGCCACCCUACGGUGAAGGGCAACCUCCCCCCUGACAAAAUCUGAAGUCUGACAGUCGUAUUAUGACGUCAAAACGUCAAUUGUAAGGAUAUACUCGUGUUUUCCCCCUAGUAGCGCCUCCCCAAGCCUUCCUACACAGGCCUGCCGUUCCUUUUUAUCGACCCGCUGUCUUCGUAAGCACUCCUCUCAAUAGUUUUACAUGUCGCUUGUCAUGACAUCGAUUGCACCGUAGCGGACCACCUUCGGUAGCUUGUGCACAUUUGCCCAUGCGCAUGAAUCUCCAUUAAUGUUCUUCUCGUUUAGAGACUGGAGGCCUGUUUGGUAUGGCGGUGAAAUUCAUGCAGCUGUUCUCCUCAGACAAAAGGUACGUCCAGAGGCAUAGAAUACGCUAACUUUUUUGUCCACCCAUCGCUUUGCCCUAAUUCGCGUUUAUCUAUCGCAGAGAUUUCACGCAUCUGCUAGACAUUCUUGGACUCUGGUUCCAAGUGCGCGACGAUUUUGCGAAUCUCGUGGACGAGUCUGUAAGUACCGACAUCGCGUUUUAUAGGCAUAGCCUUCGUUUGGGGACUGAUCAGUGUACCUGACUCUCCUCUGAUCUAUCUUCCUACAGAGUGUCUACUUAUUUAGCUUUAAUACCUUAUAGAAAGCGCUCCAUCUGAUCUUUCCUACAUUAUGACUCGCGUGUUCCUUGUGACCUUUUUUCAAGUUCACGAUUUAUAGACCAUUUGCAGUCAUCAGUUAGUCAUGUCCCAAAUCGAGGUCCAGAUGCCCUAGGGGGUUAAGCUAGGAGCAGUAAUUUUGUAAUCUACUAGCUGUCCACUAACGAUCGCAGGUCGGCUGAUCUCUAUUUCCCAAAGUCGCCUUGGAGCGGUGCGCGCUGACCUGUUGUUCAGACAUUCUGUUCAGCUGCAGACCGUUGGCGCUUACGGAGCCGAAUUUGCCGGGCCUGGGCCGUUUUGGAGUAACACAGUGAGCGAAACGUCCUUAUAAUCAGACUUGCAAUCCAGUGGAUUCCUGUGCUAUGGGGCAAAGCAUGGCGUAGAGUGCAAUUCCCGUGUUUUAUUUCCUUUUGAAAGGGAAAAGAAAGUUUUGUGCGAAAUUUUGCACUACUAACGUCAGUGAGUUUAAAGUUUACUCGAGUAACUUGACGCAGUGAAACUGCUUUUCAUGUUUUCUGUCAGCGUUCGGUUACUAAUUAGGGGGGAAUAUACAUGACGAAUUGCUAAUGACUGCAGCACUUGUCUAUGCAUACUUCUCAGGUAUUAAGGCCCGCGAUCUUUCUGUGUGACAGGUUUUGAUUUUUUUCGAAAAUACGACUUGCGCCGAGUCCCUGCCGUUUCCCUUACCUGGUCAAAGAACAUUUUACUAGUCUUGGCACGUGCCUAGUCCCAGUCCCCACCAACGCUGCAUUGUGUCGCCUUUGCCUUCAGUAAUGUUUUGGCUAUUCUGCUCGAUGGGUUCAGUCUGUUUUUUGCACACAACCACACUUUGUAGUGUUAGUAAUAUGACAACUUUCGUUCUAACUGCCUAAAGUUGUGCUCAGGACUGUUAUUAAUACAGAUAGUAGCACAAGACUUAUAGCCGACUGACAGUUUUCGAGUUCUUAUGUUUUGGAAUGUCGUUUUGCCCGGUCGUCUUUGUUGUUAGACAGGAAAGUGCCCCUCUUGGUGCCAGAGUACGCAAACCAGGGCCCUCCUGGUCCUAGACAAAUCCUAUUAAGUUCUCAACUGUUUCCUGGAACUCGCCUGUUCGCUUCUACCUGUUAAGUUACUUGGUUUGCGGGUGACUUCCGCCUGAGGCACCCUUCUGGAUGUGUGGGUUUUCUGUUCCUCCUUAAUUCAGCUGUGGACGUAUCCACAAUCCAGCCCUACGGUACACCAGGCUGAGGUCCCACGUUUCUGCAGACGAUGGUGCGUGGAUGGCAAUUAAAGUGGCCGGAAGAUGCUGCUAUCUCUUGUGACCUCUUGUAAGUAGCAGAUUUGCCAGAUCGGUGUCCGGGCUACUUGUUUCGCAGCUACCACUAGCUGUUGGCCGAUACGCUGUCCGCUUUAGGCAUGACCACUCCGACCCCACCUCAGUUAGCUCGACUCCGGCAGAUUGCCAGUAAAAAAGUAAUGAUAGUGAAGCGUAAUAUGCCAUUAGUUUCCUUACUUUAGACACGGUACUGAGACCGCCCUCCCCACAAACGAUGAGGCCCACCAGUGUUCAAAAAUGUGAACGCCGUGACGACUUCCAUUUGGAUUCAUUUAUAGUGGAGCGAACCUGUGGGACAUCUUUACUACCCUCUUCCCUCAACUACCAUAUUCCAACAAUUACUGGAGGAGGGCGUAUGCGUGAGGGCUGUACAGCCCGUUUACGCGGGCCACCCAUGGUGUGCGCUAGAUGGAGCUUUGUGCCGCGUAAGUCGCUGCACCAAAUCUCGGUUAAAUAAGUACUGGUAGGUAGGAAAGGGAAGAGUCAGUGAAACUGACACUGGAGUUUCCGUUUCUCAUCAUAAGUAAUCAAAUACGCAUCAUGAUACGCUGGGAUAUUCCCAACUGUCGGAAUACUUGCAUUACCGAAAAAGACAGAGGAGAUUGGAAUGACCAUUUCUGGCAUACUGGCCGUCACCAGCCAGUCAUACCCAACUUCGAGGUGUGCGACCCCUGGGGUUCGACCUCGCAAGGCACCACGGGACGAGUGGAUUCCGUAACGCGACCGGUUGGCGCCCCUCUACCAUUGUCAGAAUACUCCGGCUCCACUCAGGGGUAAGAUCCAGGUUCCAAUGGCUCCCUCCUACAUGUCAAACUCCUAACCCCCUCCUUGAAUCCCGGUAUGUCUAAAGCGAGGGUCCACUGUUUGAACUAUAAAUAUACUACUAACUUAAUAUCAAUAACUCGUUUUGUUUACACGGACUUAGACACGCAUCUUGACAUACUGCGUCCAUAGCGACAUAGCUGCCACAAGAUAGUGGUGGACAUAAUCCCAUGCGAAGUUCAAACUAUCAACUGUGUUCUAAUCUGCCCCCGUCUUUUUUGCGGCCGCAGUACCACGAUCUGAAAGACUUUGCCGAUGACAUCACAGAGGGCAAAUUCAGCUAUCCGGUUGUGCAUGCAAUCAAUGCGCAACCGCAUGACCGCCAAGUCCUCAGCAUCCUCCGACAGCACACCUCCGAAUAUACCGUGAAACAGUACUGCAUUGGACUCCUGGCAGACAUGGGUUCCCUCGAUCACACAGCCAAGAGACUGGUGCAGCUGGAAACGCAGUACGUGCCCUUGCGCUGAUGUCUGUCUAUUGUUUCCUCCCUCGUAAUAUGUUGAUCCGGCCAUGCAUCAUUAGUUCCUCUCCUCUGGACGGUUAAUUUUGCAUACAAUGGUUUGCCCUCACUUGCUGUUUUAGGGUGGGAAAGCGAGCUCCAUCGUCAGAUCCAAUCAGAAUGCGUCGACCAUAGCCUCAGAUCAUCAUCCUACUGUCUGGCAGACCAGUUCAAGACUGUAGGAUUAUUUGCCUUGUUUAAUUUCCGAGGAAAUUAACGCGCGAACUUGGAGUAACUCUUUCGAAGCGCGCCUUUUCAGGCACGGUCCAGAGUUUGAGAUGAAUAUUAAGCGGUUAUUCCGCAGUAGCUGACGGAUUUCAGAUCAAAUAUUAAUAUCAAACUCUGGAUCGUGUCUGAAAAGGCCCGCUUCGAAAGAGUUACUCCAAGUUCACGCAUUAAUUUCCUCGGAAAUUAAACAAGGCAAGUUGAAACUGGAGUUCAUAUACCAGAAAACACACGGGGAAAGCUGGGGGACCCACUGACGAGCCGAACCCCUCGCAGCUGCGUCAGACAGCGGCAUAAGGUCGGCGAAACACGCGUGUCUGGGCUUUUAACUAAUACCUGUGUUGUUAGUACGGUAAAUCAUUGCACUCUAGGAUUAUACUGGACGCCGGCAAGUGAGGCUGUGUUGCGUUGCGGGGAACAUUCUCUGCGUGGUUAAAUAGUUGGGACUUGUGAUAUUUUUGCAGGUGACUGAUUCCCAAGAUCGGAUCCAACCUCCGUCUGGCAGUACCAUCGCUGCAUGAUCUACGAACGCUGAUUUCCCAGACCCGUAGGCUUGUAUAUUUUGCAGCUAUCCUUUGUUGAGGACCGUGACACCAUUUACCAUCUGUGGACGCACCGAGUAGACUAAUCUGCUGAUCCCUUCUAGUAGGUCCUGUCGUUCUGAGUCUUCAUCCUUGGGGAUGCGAUGUAUUUAUCCGAAAUUUAGUGCUACUGUGAAUACAGUUGAACCGUCAGAAUGAGAUCUUAGUCCCUGUUAGCGGUGGAAAGUUGAUAUUGCAAUUAGCAGUCAAAGUGUUGUCCUCUCAAACUGUGCGGUUUGCGAGGCCAUCGCGCGAUUCCUAACUAAGCUCACACAUGUGUAAGGGUUCAGCCCGUGAGAGCAUGGUAAUAUGCCGGCGUUGGGAACUGCUUAGUCGUCUACUGUUGGCUGACCUGCGCGUAUGUGUUUGUGGCUCAUUCACUGUUAACAGCGAUCAGGUUGACCGGACUGCAGCAACUGAAGUAAUUGCUUUCAAAACUCGUUUAAGCAUUCGGAAAAGUAUGCAUCAUUCACCUCCCAUGCCAGCAUAGUUUUUGAUCGUUAUCACUUGGAUGUACUUGGUACGGUUUUAUCACACCUCAUCUAGUCGGCCUCUGUUUAAAACUAAGCAUUUUUAUAAUUCUCAGUCUGUAUGAGUCUCCAGCAGCCUCCAAGACUGUUUUUCUCCUUCUUAACUCUUCCUGCGCGUUAGCCUGUUCGUCUAUAACGGGCCAUGUGGUAGAUGCGCUGGGGCAACACGAGGGUCCUAUCGGAUUCUGGUAGGCGUUAUCGAAUUCGCGCACCAUAACAAAUGCCAACAUUCGGGGUACGGUGGCAGACCCGGUUUCCAGUAGACGUCGCGCGCACUGGGAACCCUGCCGCCCCUCCCCCCAUUGUUGUUGUUGGUCAAAAACCUGUUUAUUUGUUGUGUGAACCAGGGGGUGCGGAGUGGAGUGCCAAGGUGCGGGCUCGACCGUGUCAUCCACUUGCGCCCUUCCCCACUUCCGGUCUUCUUAACACCGUCUUAACACCGGGUCCAGUGGGGGGGGGGAGAGGAGAGAGUGCGGCAGGCCCUGCGCAAGUCCACUAUCACUAUAAACUAAUUCAUGCGUAAGCCACUGUCCCUGCCCUCACCUUGAUGUGGAGCACACGGGGAACAUCAUCGGCAACGACGAUUGAACAGUCGUAUCACGACAAGGCAUCAGAGGCAAGAGAACCUGGUUUUCAGGGCGGGUCACGGCCGACGUGCUACAGUGCCAUCACCAGUUCUUGCAGUACUUUAUAGGUUAUUCGGUGUUCCAAACUUGAGCCCCCUCGCGCCUUUACAGCAGCGUCACUGUUGGCCCUGGGCUGCCUAUUCGCGAGGCAUAAGUCUACUUUUCAGCUAUCCACCUUCCCCGAACACUGCUAUAAUAUCCUUCUCCUUUGCGCUUGUCAGAUGGCCAGCAUGACGAUCAACUUUCUUGCACUUCCAUCCUCGGCACAAGCUACGUUAUUGGUGGGAACUGUUGACAUUUAUGUAGCCUUCGCCACUAUCAUGCAUUUGAGGUGCUUUACCCCAUCCUGACGCGCUAGGAAUGGUGGCCUCAAAGGUUACCUACUUGCGGGAUGACUUGGUCCUUCUCAAGACUGAGAGUCAGACUGCAAUGGCUCCUUUUUAAUGGGGCCUUUAUGGCACCCUCACUGCCAUGGAAUUCAUGCCGCUCUCACAGAAGCCUGCUGUUUGUUAUAGGAACCGGGCCGUCGUCUGACACUUGCAGAUGGGAGCCGGAGCCGACCUCCGGUCUGGACUAACUCAUAAAAUGUCAAUCGAAAUUCUGAAAUGCGUUUUCGUUUUGAAAAAAUUAAGUAAGUAGUUUUGUAAAACUAUUCAUUGUGAAUCGUAAUUCCAUAAUAAUUCACUUACCUGGGGAUUCCGGCUUUCGAAUGAACUUCUUUCCGGCUGCAUGCAGAAACUAUACUCUGUAAAAAACUGACAAAUUAAAUAGCAUGCAUUUUUCUCAUUGCUUUUUGAUGCCCUUAUAAAUUCAAUAAUAUUUCAUAGAAAACAUGCAUAAAAAUAUUCAUGCUUUGCCCAUUCGGUAGAAAAUUACGUCUUCUUCCAAUUUUACACUCGGAGGAAGGGUACAAUUCGGUUUUCAAAAAGUUUCUAAUUGUGAGAUUUUUUAAUACCGUGAAAUGGCCGUUUAUAAAACGUCAUGUCUCGGCAUUUACUAUUAUGGUUUGUAAGAUUAACAAUAUAGCUCAAAUCCACUGCUUAAUUUUUUGUACCCUAUAUGAUCCCCCUUAUUACCAUAGAGAAAUGUGUGGUUUUCCGUACGCGGAAAAUAUACGGCUUUUAGUUUGGAAACCCUGAAUGCAAGUGUAAAGGCAGGUCGGGUUCAAAUGUAUUCGGGAAUUGGAAAAGUUUUUUAAAACCGAAUUAUACCCUUCCUUCGAGUAUGAAAUUGGAAGACGCCAUUUUCUACCGAAUGAGAAAGAGAAUGAAUAUUUUUAUGCAUGUUUUCUAUGAAAUAUUAUUGAUUUUCUAAGAGCAUCAAAAAUCAAUGAGAAAAAUGCAUGCCAAUUAAGCUGUCAUUUUUUACAGAGUAUAGUUUUUGCAUGCAGCCGGAAAGAAGUUCAUUCGAAAGCCGACAUCCCGAGGUAAAUGAAUUGUUAUGCAAUUACGAUUCGCACUGAUUGGUUUUACAACCCUACUUAAUUAAUCUUAUUGAAACGAAAACGCAUUUCGGAAUUUCGGUUAACAUUCGAUGAGUUAGCCCACCUACUGUAUUCUUGCCAUCAGAGCAAAGUGAAUGAGGAAGGAGAGAGCGCCAGAGAUUCUGCGCAAGUCUGCCCCGCUACAAAUUGACCCCGACGCAAUUUAGGGGUGCCGCGCCCACUCCCCAAAACACGGGUUAGACGUCGUCGCCCGUGGCGCUCGAGCCACCGUCCGUCCGACAGUAAUUUGAAUUUUGUUAGAGGGCAUUACUAUGAUACAGCACUGACCUGACGGAAGUCCUAAUUAGUACAGAUUAGGUUUUGCCUCCUUGAGGCUGGGUACGUUCUGAAGAGUUCUCAUCCAAAGUAAAUGUGCAACUGAGCAGAAAGAUGGAUUCGCGAAGGCUACAUUGCCUCCAGUAUUCAAAAAACUAUGUCCCUUGCUUUGUCCAUAGGUAGAUUCGCGCAUACCACUGACGGAUCAAUUUUACCGCUGUAACGCUGCUGCUGAAAUAUCGUUCACAAUAUAAUUGGUGUUUUGGCAGAUCGAAGUACUUCAUUUGACCCAAUGUGAACAACUCUGCAACCUCGGUGGGAUUUGAACCCACGACGGUAAGUGCAAGGCCUGAGUACAGAGCCCUUUAACCAUCUGAGCUACCAGGCUCUAUCGGGGACCGUGAAUUCAAUCACAUGUCGGUCACGUUAUCCGCCCAGCCGAGUUCCUCAAAAUCUUGAAAAUCUAUUAGCUUGCGAAUAUUUCACAGGCAAUUUUCAGUGUGCCAACUGUGUAAGAUAGAUAGUGAAAUAAAUUGCUAAUUUGUUUUUGACUACUUCCAUCAGCCUACAGCAGAUGCAUGUUAAGCCCAUCGACCGGUAGUAGGUGGAAUAUAGUCGUGAUCUCCCCCAGUGGAUGAGUACGACAUUUGCCAACUUCCACAUAUCCGGAAGUUUACCAGCUUCAAGCGAUUUCCCAAAGAUGAUACACAGAGUGGUUCAGCUAAUUCAUCAGCUAGUUGACAUAGGAGUACACCCAGAAUCUCAUCCAAUGCAGGUGACUUGGCCCUAUUCACCUUCGUUAACUCUGCCAAAACUAGUUACGGAGUAGAUAGUACUGUGCCCAUAAGUGGUUUGCUGACGAACCAAAGCAGAGAGCUAAGCUGGAGUGGGUGGGGGUGGGGGGGUUUCCGUGAUAUAAAUACUUUGGAAAAGUUCUGAGAGAAGCCCAGCUUUCUGAGGGUCGUUGGUCAGCAUUUGGUUUUUUUUGCCUUUUAAAGUUCCGGGAUGUUCAUGUUUCGUAGUAUUACUCUUGAUAUAGGCAUAGAAUUUCUUGGGUUUUGGCUAUGCCUCUUCCAGGAGGCACGUCUUUCACGGGGAAAUUUUUUGCAUACAUUGCGUUGUCGUCUAAAGUCUUGAAGUUUUCCUGGGCUCUCCGUUUGUAAAAAGAUUUCCCAUAACUUGCGCUCCUUUUAAAUCUCCUUUACCGCCGUCGUCAGCCAUUUCGAUCUGCUUCUGGUCGAACGUCUCCAGGGCGGAUAGUAAUCUUCAAUCAAGUUUUUCCUAGUUAAUUCAAAGGUUCCCCAACAUUCGUUGACAUCUCUCAACACCUUCACCCAUUGUGUGUGUGUAUGUGUGUUUAAUCGCCUAGCGUUAGAAUUCCCCCGCCAGACAUUUUUUGGCAACUUUGAGCUUCGUUCGGCGACCGCUGCAAGUGUUGAUCCCUGCAUUAAUGUCAUGUGAUCGUAACAACCUGGGGGUUGGGGUGCAAUCAUCUUAUUAACACUUACAUCUUGGUAAAUACUAGGUCCAAACGACUAAACCUCUGUCCAUUACGCAUUCGAGUGGCUGUUCGAACAUUUUGGAAGACGAAUUCAUCGAGUAUUACGUCCAAUAGGAUUUGUUCGAAUCCUUGCCCAUGACCCUGAACUGCCCUCAACCUGCGGAACAUCUAAAUCUCCUACAAUAACCACGUUUUCCCUCUGACUGGUUUCGCAAAGUCUCAUGAUCAACGUUUGAUCCUCGUCUGCAGAUUGCUUCGGAGGCCUAUGUAAGACAGUGACAGUAGCAUUUGCGAAAUUCGAGCGGUGUAUUCGGCCCUAUAAGUACGUCUGCCUUACAGAGUGAAACGUGCACAGCAUGGUUUUCAGAAGAAUAGCAUAUUACCCUUCAGUCUACUAACCUUGAAUCCGUGCUCCUGUAACUGGUCCUAUCAGGUCAGGUUCCUAUUUGUACUUAAACAUAUGCCUUAAAUACUACUAACAUCUUUUGUCCGUCCCUGGCAUCAUAACCGUCCUUGUUUAUUAUGCGGUUUUGUCAUAUGGACCAGACGACACAGUUUGUGCUCUGCUACCAUCACCAUUUGUAAUGGAAGAAGUAUCACACAGGGUUAAUUAUCGCAUCACCACUUUGACGCCCUUUCCUACUCACUUCCCGUGCAGGUGCAGAAAUAUCGUCGCCGACCUGGGCGGUAACCCCCACCUUGAAGCAUUUCUCUCCGAAUUUUCCUCCAUUUACCGGUUGCCCUCGGGCGAACCCCGCACAUUUCAAUAUCUGGGUUUGAAGAGCAAGAAGUUGUCGCACAUAAAGCCUGUGUCCUGUGGCGAUUAUCCCUCCGGAGUACAUAAUUCUUCGAAUAACCAUCAGCACUCAUCGCCAUGACUUCUGUCUCUUCACUGACUCCUUUUGGCUGUCUUUUCUGCAUAUCAUCCUUUGUCUUCGCAUUCCUUGUCUUUUACCUCUUCUGUUGAACACCAGUCAGUAAUAAAUGACCUACUGAAUGAGCUUCGUCUACUCCUCUGAUCGCGUGCGUAUGAGUGAACGUUGGAGUUUUUAGAUGCCGUCUGAGGCUCCACUAGGUUGUGCUAGACGCUAUGGUCACGCUCCGAAAACUGCCUCAGCAGAUGGGUUGAGCUGGUCGUCUUUUUUCUCCGUCUCUCUCAAGUACUGCCGAGUUUGUAUGCUCGAUUCUGUGAGGGGACUGUCCGUGUUGUGGUACGCGCAGACGAGAUCUUUGUGUCAUAGCCCAUCUGAAUCCAACCCUACUUAUUUAUGCCAUCGGAAUGGGAGGGGUUUUGUAGGGAGAGUAAGAUUGUGAUAUUGCCCAGGUUAUCACUACUCCCUGGUCACCAUGCCUGACGAACACAACUAUCCGUCACUUCAGUUGGACAUUUUGAAUUGACAUUAGCAAAAAUAUAUAGAUGCUUUGGCAGAUUCUUGGGUUAUUCAUACUGACCCAACUGUGAAAAACUCGACACCUCGGUGGAAUUCGAACCCACGACAGCGAGGGGAAGGCUUUAGUACAGCCAACGCUCUAGCCACCUGAGCUACGAGGCCCCACCGGGAGACGUGAGUUUAAUGACAUUUGGGUCAAAUCACCAGCCCAACCUACUGCAACAUCUGCAAUCCACCAAAUCUGAUACAGUAAGCUGACUGCCCAAGCAGGAUUUCUUAAGUAAUCCACCUACAGUAGGUGUGCUAAGUCAUGUUGACCGAAACUCCGAAAUGUGUUUUCGUUGUGAAAAGAUUACUUAAGUAGGGCUCUAAAGGUAAUCAUUGCGCAGCAUAAUUAUAUAAUAAUUAACUUACCUUGGUUUCCGAACGGACUUCUUUCUGGUUGCGUUCAAAAACCACAUUGUGCAAGAAAUGAUUGCUUAAGUAGCAAAUUUAAAAAAUAUGCAUCUACACACUUUCAUGGACAUCAGUUAACAGUAGAGAGGUGAGGUCGUCUGCCCAAACUGGCCCAUCUUCGUUCGCCACAAAGCUCGCACUGUCGGUGUCAGCUCUUCCAAGAAAGACCAAUAGUUCCUCGAGGUCAUACACCGAUACGGAUCAUGCAUUACUAAGCACACUGAUCUAGAUGCCGCAUACAAAGCCUCGGAUGGAAAUUGAAGGGACGGUGACUGAAAAAAGUCGGAUGAUAGCGCGAAACGCAACUUAUUAGCUUUGCAACUUUGUAAAUUUAAUCGGAGUGAAACCUAAAACAUGUCUUUCCAAAGUUAGAGGGGCAGAAUUUUUAAGCUCGUCAUAAAUUAAGGCACAAACAGCUCAAGAUAAUACGACUGAAAGAUCGGGCGUUUGUUCAGUUAUCACUUGAUAAGAAAUGAUAUUUGACGUGGAUACGAGAGGACUAAGUUUGUUCCCUUGCAUUUGCAUACAGAAUAAGAAAGACCGCGUGGAUUAUGAUUAGAUGUGUGAAAAUUCCCAUAGAAAUAUUCAUAAGACUCGGUCACACUGUACGACUACGAGGCAGCGCUCUUCUGUAGUGGUUUGGAUACUCAUUUCUCUCAAUACAGUCCCCAAUAAACUUAGCCAUAACUUUCGCCUCCACAAGCUUGGUGUUACAACGUAGGUACCCACUGUGGGAUCUUUUGACAGUCUAAAUUGUAUAAAUUGUCUUUUCUGAAAAGCGGAAAGCGGACAUCGACCUCAUUGACCCAAUUCCCAGUAAACUCAUUAGGAAGCAGCUCCACUGUGGCAAAUGGCGAGAGCGCAGCCGGGGGUGUGUAUUUAUCUCUUCGGGGUGAAAUGUUAUUGCAUUGCAUUUACCUCACACCAUUGCCGCAACUUAUUACAGUUAAAUCGAUCUGGUGUACGCCUAAGCAUAGUGGUUGGCAAGCCUUAGCGAUUAUGCCGAAGCGUGACCGAAGCGACAGCGCGAAAUUAACGAAAUCACACAUGAGGGCAGAAAAAGUCAUUGGGCAAGCUUUACCGAGGCCAGAGAGCGUACACGCAGCUCAAAAGGCAGUUUCAGAAAGCACUCAAUUCAGCCGAGGACCAACCCUCAAUGUCCCGCGCGAAUCUUGUGCGUGCGCCAGCGGCCAGCCACCGAACGAUGCAGUGCCGAUGGGCCUUCAGCCCUUGUCACGCGUGUGCGUAGGCGGAAAGUAAUAGGAGACAGUGAGUUGGAGGGCUCUGAGGAACGCAUGCACUUAACCGACCUUUGGCCACGGUAGGUAUGGAGCUUGUACCAGGUUCUUAUGUGCGUACAAGAUCGGCCUGUUGGUCAUAAUCUCUGCUGUUGCCAACAGACACUGACACAGUGGUUUAGGGUAGUUCGGUAAGUCCUUGUAAAUCACACGGAAGGUUUCGUUGGGCUUCGCAUAAUGCCCGGAAUCAGCACUGCGAUAAUGGCGGUUUUUAUGCUUUCGCCUUUUCUCGGCCAUGCUUGGGGGUGUCCCCAUAUUUUUUUGAAUAGGCGCCCAUUCGAUCGACCAAUAUAACCCCAACUUCAAGGGCCAACAUUGGGUAAGCACUCGAUAAUUGUGAGAAGUCUCCCACAGAGUGCGGUUUUGCUAUCUAGACGUUCAUUUUUUACUCUUUCUCGAUUAGCAGACACCUCUUUGUCUUUCUCAUGCAAUUAUGUAAACAAUCUCUUCCUGCGUCUUCCUUACCUUUCAGUGCUUUUUCUCGGGCACUUUGUAACCAACAGGGAAUUCAAAUGCGUUUGCCUAUAUUUCUCUUAAUUAAACAGGACUGAAAAAAGUAGAUCCCUUGGCGCCACGAUUGUUCGUCAGGUCUCAUUAGUAAGACGUGCGAUGCUGUCAAGACGUCUCCGGUCUAGUUUUGUCGACUUGCCAGGAAGAAACCUUUCCUUUAGACGGGUGCUAUUCUUAAUUUCAUGCAUUUCAGCAGUCCUUUUUAGGGUGAUUCAUGUCGAGUAGCGAGAUUACUAUGUACUUCAUAUGAUCUAGAAGAUUAGCUGUUUUUAAAAUUCUUGCUCUGUCUACCUAGGUCAACUAUUCGAAAACCUUUCCUAAGAUAAUUGCAAACUCAAUGGGCAUAACUGUGGCAGUCCUCGAUUUUGCCGCCCUUGGUCAUUUAGCCAAUCGUAGCCUCACCGUUCUGCGGCAGCCAAUCCGGAGCGUUUGUCACACUGCCUUCUCUAGCCACGGAUGCUGAAGAGCCAAGAAUCACUUCCAUGCUGUGACAGACAGUGUUGAGCCAAGUCUUAGACUGACCUCUUCGCUGCCUCCGGGUUGACUUCAGCGUCAGAUCGAGUGCAACAAAACUCAAGGGCAGGCGACGAACGCUCCGGUAGGGGGUGCUCACUGAUCGUUCUUGCGGAAACCACUCGUUCCUUUGUGCCAUACGGGCUCUGUCUCUCGAGCCCAACCAGCAGCCGCACAUCCGCGCAUGAUAUAGGCAGUCUGUUGUUACCGACAAGGACAAGGGGACUGUAAUGGCCAUUUCUGGCAUGUUAGCUGUCGUCAGCCAGUCAUAUCCAACUCCGAACGCUCUCGAGCCACUUUAAUUGGUUUUUACUAGAUGACCUGACAUGUCCUCGCGCUGAGGUCGCAGUGGAUGCCUUCGAGAAGAGGACACUGUGCUGCACAUAAAGCAUGGUUCUCAUGCUACCGUAGACGGACACCGUCGGUUUCGCCAGGUUGUUAGCGAUAAGGCUGUGGUUCACAUCGCACUCAGUGUGGACGGCCCACCACGAACUUGACGAAUAAUUUGGUGAGACUUUAGCCAUGGCUAUUUUGCCACUGGCCUCUCUCUCUCUCUCGACGCAGGUAGCAAAGCGAAACCGUAGUUCUGUGUUCCGAGUCUCGAUUGUGUUAGUUUAUCGUAGUUCUGUGACUUCAAGGCGUCUCAAGCGAAAGAAUCUCGCGCGAACCAUAACGCAGUCUGCUUCAUUGAUGCUGCCAUUCUCGGCACUGCGCAUCGAUCUGCCUUCACGAACUCAGCUACGAAGCCUUGAAUUGAUUACGAUGUGGUCGAUCCAUCUGGCCGGACGUACGACCAGUAUUUGAUGAACUACAGUUCCUCUGGCUCUUCACUCAGCUUAUCAUUAAAUUGACUCGAAAGAAGUGAACGUCUCUAUCAGUACUUCCGUCAACAUGGAAGGGAUUCCAACAAAGUUGAGGUAGUCUGCAGUGACCAUUUCUCGGUUUCUGCUUACGGGUGCUACUGUGGCAACCCGCCAGAAUGUACGAUUUGUUAUAGCAUCGACUGCACAGGCUCAAUAUCAUUCCUAGCUCCCUCCCCCAUGACGAGCCAAUGUUAUAGUUGAGUGUAAUCAGCUAGAGAUAAGAUCAGCCUCAGUGGCUGAUCGGGUGCUUGCACUGUCUCUCGUAUGUAACAUGCCUACGAGCCCCAGGUGUUCCACACCUCGGGGUUGGGUAUGACUGGCUGACGACGGCUAAUAGACCAGAAAUGGCCAUUCCAGUUCCCGUUGUCUUUUUUUUUCUGCAUACAUGCUGCUCUCUAAAUUCCCACAAUUUGGCUCAAGUCGCCCAAAUAUGCACUAUGCGAGACUUCUUGUAAGGCCACAUUAGAAAGGUGAGCAGCCCUCAGGCCACGACUUCUUCGGUGCCGUAAAUUCACAUCCGGUCAUAACAGACUCGUAUGCCCGCCUUUGACGUCCUUCUUGGGUAAUUUUGAGUCCGCAGUCGCUUACGCGUGCGUCCUAGGCAGUCAUCUGAAGGGAAGUUGCGAAAGGACGUCGUCCUACUUAUAAUAUAUCGGUCUCUUUUCCUGUGUCACUUAAGACAAGUGAAAUAGUCGUCUGCGCUAGCAGUUUACAUGUACACUGGGAGUCAGGCUUGCAUGAUUUAACCAGUGGGAAACUGAGGUACAGUUAUAUCGAAUCUCAAGCAGCGGAAUCCUCCGCCAGCAUUGUGGGUCCCCAGGUGUCCAACCAGAGGGAGGCAGGCAGGCGCGCAGACCUGUGGUAUGCAGCUGUUUGCUGGGACUCAGAUGGGUGCUGACCAGAUAACUUGCAAAAUCUCGUCGGGGUCCAAUGGAACUUUGGCAGUGAUUCCUGUGGCAUCACUUCCUUUACUCGCGCGAGCUCUUACCGGGAAGCACAGGCUCGAUUGUCCGGUGGCUUUUGGACUCUUUAACGUCCACAGCCGGCCAUGAUAGAGCUUUAGAGGAGAAGAAGAACUUGGAAUUGGAUCUGCAGCCCAAUGCCUUUGAGUUGCCUGCUCACGCUCUGUUGGUUGCGAUUGCGCAUGCUAGUUUAGCCAUCUGGUAGUGACGUUCACCAGCUAUGCUGGUUGGAGGAUGAAAGUCGGACUGUUCGCGAGGAGCAAUCAAUGAUUGAGGGGUAUUGACGUCCGAGGCAGGUCUAAAUAGGAUCUCAAGGAAGCCCUACAUUUCGCCCUAUAACCCAAGCCUGAUCGGCCAACUUCGCUGUAACGUAAUUGUUCGUUGUUCCCCUAGCCUUUGGUGAAGGAGCCGGUCCUCAAUGCGUGUCUUACACGUAUCCGUGUCUUUUUGGUCUCCUCCACGCACCACGUAACUGCGUUUAUGAAUCCAGAGUAUCACGUGUCCGACAGACGAGUUGUGUUUUGGCGGCCCUUAUGAUCCUUAAAUUUCAUUUUUCUACCUGGCUUUUAUUCUUCCAGUCUCUUUCCUUCCCAAAAUCUCGCCACCAUAUGCCGUCGUUUUACUCCGUCUGUACACCCUGCUUCUCUCACGGCAUUUCAGUUAAAAUGCAGCAGUACAAAUUGCAAUUUUCUACCAUUUCGAUUGUUUGCUCUUUGUUUAGGCUGAUCAGCCAUCUGAUUCGGGCACCGGCGGGAAGUCGAGGUUUGAACUGCUCGAGGAAUCUUUCGUGAGUUCCGCAAAACAUACCAGAGCUUUUGCAGCUGUGGGUGCGAACCCAACUGUGAUUUUUGUCUUUUGCUUCUUGCCAGAAAAUAUACGACUUUUUCCCUCUAUCUGGUCAGGAUCCAUUACAAUGUGACUAGCCUCUGAGCCCCAGAUCUCAGUGUGUGGACUUGCAUUUGCACACAUCCAAAUGAGCGCCCACCGAGUUCUGCUCAACUGGGGGCCCCCCUGCCGAGUCGACCUUAAGUAUGCUUGGGAUUGCCUUGCUAGUCUUGUUUCCUACUCACUGCUCGAAGUUCUGGGCGCUUACCGUCUGUGCGUCCCUGUUUAGUUAGCAUUCGAUUCGGCCCCCGGUAACAUUCGGGAGAGGACACCUAAAGAUCUGUUGCCUAGAAAGAAUACCUACUAUAUUUAUUUAAGUAGGCAAUAUCCGUACAUAUCUGUUGUUUCACCUGACCUCAGUUUCAUCUCCCGAUUGUUACCCGGCCCCCUACAACUGGCCACGCGGUAGAUGCGCUGAGCCAACACCAAGGGCCAGAUCAGGGCUCGGCAGCGUUUUUGGGCUGUACACUCAUGUUAAAUGCUAUUCAGGAUGUGAGGUGUGAUGGCGCGAGCUCGUACCGCAGUUGCCCCUUGCGCCCGAUCUCGCCCCCAACCCUCUUGGCUCUGUCUUGACAUCCGGGCUCAGGGGCGUGAGGUAGAUGCAUGCAAGUCUUGUAUCAUUACAAACUAAUCCACGUGUAUUCUGCCGUUCCUGCUUCUUCCCUGUUGUGUGCUAUAAGGUGGGCAUCGUCGGUAACGAGGGUCGAAUGAUCCUGUCAUGUCAAACGUUCAAGUAGGUAGAAUGUCCCUUUUGGCUCAGCUUUAUUCCCGUCUGGCAACUGGAUCCGGUCAGUCCUUUCAGUUUAUUUUCUUUUAAAAUGUCACGCAGGGCUCCCCCGUCGUCUCCGGUCUCCAACUGUUCUCAGAUUAUCGCGAAGGCCUAGUUGAUCCCGAGUCCGUAUGCACGCAGCCAGUUGCAUCGAAGCCCAGCUCUGUAGUAGCCCCACCAGCUCCAUUGGGAUCAAAAGCAGCCGAAGGACCUCGUGUCCCUGCCUCCUGGCUGAAACCUCGCCAUCCUCAGUCGGGUUCCUCCUUUGGUAAACUAUGUGGCGCGCCUCCCCUGCUCCAGCUCUCGCCGAUGAAAGAGGCGUCAACCAGUCAGGGUGUUCCACAGAAGGUCCCUCUCACCGAUUUGCCGGAUCCAUCCAGGGGGUAAAUUACUUAGAUUCCACCUCCCACCUUUUGAUUCUCUUUCAGGUCAUUUUCUUGUUCCUACUGACCUUACGGGGAUUCGAACUUCAAGCAAGGACUCCUCUAGAAGCAAACAGGCGAGUUCCAGGAAACAGUUCAGAAGAGAAAGAUGCGGUCAUUGGCCUGACGUUUCGGAUUCUCACUCGAACCCAUAAUCACAGACAGUCGGAGAUAAAGGUGAUGGUGGCACAAGGAGUGCAGUAGUUAUAGAACGUGGCUGUCGUAGCACCAUAUGCGCACUGUAAUUAUAAGCUCUUGCUAUCACCGCUGGGGUCGUAAUUGAUGCGGUGGUGGCUUGUUAAUCCGAGUUCGAGUCGUUAAUCGCCGUGAUUUCGUCAUCCGUGCUGGAUGCUGGUGUGACGAUUGCUCGGCAAAUUGGCUCACUGCUGUUGGGGUAAUUACUCGUCCGCGCCCUCCCCACGUGACUGAUUCCCCCGCCCAGGAAAAGCCUCAGCACAGGAAUGACAACGGGAGGUCAUUGUGUUUCUUGAUGGACUGUGUGCCGGAGAACCAUGAUUCGAACAGCUCGCGGCCCACGCGGUUGUCACUCCUCGCGAGGAUUUCGGCGUCUUGAAAGGAUGACCACAUCCCGCUGAAUGAGCCGCCACCUGAUAACUAGCGCCUUCCCCCUAUUGCUGUUGCGUUCUCCUCUGUUGCCGUACGUGGGACACAGCACCCGCCACAAUUUACUCUUGACGCGGUUAAAAACCACAAGGUUUUUAAAGGUUUCUUCCUGAAGGUAGACAGAGAGCUCUGUGGUAUGAUAACGCAACGAGCAUCCAAAGUAGUUUACGUUGAAAGUUGCCAUCGUUUCAACAUGAACUUCCGGAAUGUUGUCGACGCACCCCUCCUAGUAGACACUCGUGGGUCCUUCCUUGGGGGCUGGGUACCCCAAUGGGAAGGCUCUCACAUAGUUCUGGGAGUAAAUUGUAUAGUCACCUGCCAGUGGCGGUAACAUUGUGUCUGUUCUCCCCAUGGACGCACCGCCCCGAAAUCUGUCCUAGCCAUCCUUUCUGCACCCUCCGGGCACCUGCAGCGUGGGAACUUUGAUCGUGCGGACUACGUGCCCCCGCCCCCCAGUCAUUGUGUCCGGCUAUUCGGUAUCGGUAUUAGGCUUGUUGAGUUUCUAAAUCAGGCACACAGCUGGUGUGAGAACCGCUUUUGUUUCUCUGCCAGGCUUCGGACUGACGCUGUCGCCGGACGACGCCCUGCUCUCUUCCAACACUCAUUAUCCGGCGCUUGCAAGAUAAUUUCCAGAUGCGUGAGGUGACUCCGGGCGUAAUACUUGAUCGGGGCAGCUAUGUGACCCUUCCCCUUCUCUUUUUUGUCCCGCCGCCUUGUGGGUUCAUUUUCACUGGCGUUGGGCCGCUUUUAUUUAGCCUCGUGUUAGUGUGCUCCCAUCGAGCCAUGAGCUGCUUAGGCGCGCCGCUCUUGAAAGGCUACACCAGCUCUCUUCUGCUCACAUACUUUUAUCGAUUGCCUUGAAGUCGGUCGUAGCUUGAUUUGCCUAUACCCAAGCCAAGCCACCCACUCGUGACCUUCUGUUUUGACAAGGCGCUAUUGUCAUUUUGACGAUCUCACUUACCCGAACCGCUUCAUUUGACAUGAUGCUUACCGAGACUGUUUACCCGGCCAGUCUCGCCCUUUGCCAGAGUGUGGCCGUUGCCAGUGGGCACCCUUCUUUAAAUUUACUCAUUUGUACGAGUUACGAAAAUUGCCAUGGUGCAAGUCAGAAAACCAUUUAGAGAGCAUACGAGUGCUUUCGAUAAAUUCCCAUCAGGCCAGUGCAUUGGAACGAGGUACAAAGUAAAACGUGUAAGCGAUAAGAGAGAUCGAUUGCGGUUCGUUUUUUUAUACAAGUGGUGUUUAUGUGAAUAGGGGGAGAGGAGGUAGUAAUUGACAGUGGGAGUUAGGUAGAGCCGUGUCACAGGGGGAGGGGUCGGGGAAACGGGGACCUGGAGACAUGCAUGCCGUUAAUCGAUCUUUGACCACGGUAGACGCGGAGCGUGCAAGAGGUUCUUCUGCGCGCACAGGGUCGGCCUCUGUAGUCUGAUAGCAGUCGCUUCUGCCAUUGGUAGUAAGCGCCGACUCAAUUGCUUAGGCUAGCUAGGUAGGAACUUGCAAAUCACCCGAAGGGCUUCGUUGGGGCCCACACGAUGCCCAGAACCAACCAUGUGUGCGAGGAUGGAGCUAUGUGUGCUCUUAAUUUCACCUUUCUUCAGCCAUGUCGACAGCUGCUCCGGUAUUCAUGCAGAUAGGCGCCGACUCGUACGACCAAUAUAGUUUGUUCCACAGGAGCAAGUGCACAUAGAGGUGGUCUGAGCUGGUAGCCUACCCUUACCUUCCACGCGUAAGACGGGCUUGGUUGAGAACAAUACUUGAAUUCUUGCUGCCGGGAGGAUUCGUGAAAUGGCUUGGCCAAGGCGUCUUCUCAGGAGUUCACCGGCCGCGUUCCCUUAAAAGGGGACUCUGAGCGGCAGAGUUUUCUUUUUCGCCGUCGGUAUGAUGAGUUUUGCCGGUCAUUCGGGAAGAUGCCGUACAAUCAAUCUGUCAGGAUACUCGUUCUUGCGGAGCAGACCCUGGAUUUCUUCAUCAAUGCCAUCUACUGAACAGAUUUUUUAGUUCUUUGCGCCAAACACAGGAUUAGAUUUCGUCUCAGUUGAAGGUGUACGAAACUACAGAAGUUCGCAUAUUGCCCAGACCAAUUGUCCUUUGACAGACGCACCUUCGAAUGCUACCUCGCAAGGCUCCCAAUCCCCCGACUGAUUUAGUCAGCCUGCGCUCUUAUUGGCACCGCGAGGUUUUACCCGCCGGGGUAAUUAGCUGUAUGGUCAGCGUCAGAGCACAUUCUGCAAGCCUCAACGGCUGCUCACGGCAUGUUGUUCCCUUUUUGCGGAUUUGUUUUUGAAGGGAAUCACUAUCGGGAAGAACUGCUGUCGAUUCUGACUUUCAUCCCUCUGACUGCCUGCUUGUUGACCUUGAUGCCCUCCUCAUGAACACUAAUUUUUUUCUUAUCACACGCUUCAGAACGCGCCUCACGUCACAGGCUGCAGCCAGUGUCAGCAGUUCAAAGCUCCUCGUAAAUUUCCGUCAAGUACGUCCUUUUCACUGGUUUAUUUUCCGUAUACUGCAUACUAUAGCUUCGAAACAAUGGGUGCCGUCAUGGUGCACCUCUUUUGUGAAAACACGCGGGUUGCUUAGGAAUCAAAAUAAUUGCUUCAGCCUGUCUCUGGUUACUGUACAUUUGGCAGAUCAACAAAAGGUAGAGCACGGAAAUACCGACCCGCGUACUACAGUUGGCUUUGCGCUAAGUUCCAGGGUGUUUAGGGUUACCGUCAUGGUGAGGGUUAGGGUUAAAGUUAGGACACGGGAACCGACAUCCUCCCUGAAGCUUAGAACAGGGGCACGUCUACCACAUGGGCGGUCAGUAUCCCCGUGCCUGACCCAAAAAAACUAAUAUUUUUUAUAUCUUAAACUGAAAACAUCCGUCGGGUUUGUCAUCUGGUUAGUAUAUUUUCUAGACAGACACUGGUCGCGCCACACUGUCGCAUGACCCACAGCUAAGUGCUCGAAAACGCUGUACUUGGUUGGGAAAGACCAAGAGACAAUGGAAAUGGAUCACUGACCAUGAACUCUAUUCAGUUUGUUAAGCAUGACAACCGUAAACGUAAGCAUACUUUAGGUGUCAGUAUGGUGCUCAGGUAAGCACCUAAGGUGUCCUCUUUGGGGUGUUUUUUCCUAGAAAUGUUUCACCUGCAGUGGCAGCAGGUUUUUAAAUGCAGUUUUUUCUCAAUAUAAAUAAAAAUUACAAUUUGUCAUGGCAAAAUAGUCGAAUUAACUUCUUAAUGAUAAAUGACAGGCAAUAAUUAAAUUUCACCACAGAAAAUCAUGAUCUCAAGCAGUUGCAUUCAACUGUACUUGAAAAUUCUCUGUGGCUGCUUAGUCUGAGAAUCAUGGAGAAAUUUCCGGGACUAAACACCCAAAACAGGGUAGUUCAUCAAAUGUUAAAUUGACAGCCGUAUAUCCCCGUUUCCCCUUGUCCGUGUAAUCGUCCGAGUGGUAAACGCUGAUAAUUUAAAAUCAACAUACUUUAACUUAUAACGGUCUAAUUUGGGCGACUGUGCAAGAUCGUUUUUCCACUUUCGCACAACCAGAUGCUGGGCUGUCCUACUCAUUUUCUCUACCUUCCAGCUGUAUUCCCGAGUGGAAAAUCCUUUUUCCAGACAAUUUAUCCGCCUCUGCCUGUUUUUUGCCUUAUUAUCUGAAUAAUUAGUCAUCAUUCUCGAUUAUUUGUAACCAGAAUGUUUGCGAAACAGCUGCACAUUCUCCGUGUCUUUCGAGAAAAAAGAACGUAGAUUUCUUCGCCGUCAUUUACUAUAUAUAAGCAAGUAAAAGUAUAUCAGUCCAUAUAUUUGGAUUGGCAGGCCAGUUACCUUGUUAAUAUGCCCUCAACAUCUUUGCACCCCUUUACCAGAGAGGGAAUCCUCUACUCGAGCUGCUUCGCAAUGUCGCCUGGGAGUACGCAGACAUUCAGCCGGACUACUUGUUUGGACCGAGCCAAUGUGCUUUCUUCUUGAGGUACUUCUUAUGUUACCUUCUGGCUUUCUGUGUGCCAAGUGUCAUUUCUCCAAACUCCAACUUAAUCGCAGUAAUUAAAAAAUCCUCAUAGCUACAGUGUACGCGACUGUAAAGGUCACUAAGCCGGAAACGGGUUGUCCUCGGUUCGCUGGCUGGGCAAACAAUCGAUUCUUCCUCCUCAUGACUUGCGCCGUCAGCCUGGGGGGAAUAUCGAUUAUUCCCGCAGCCGGCAUGCGUCUCUUGUAGCUCAGGCCGUAGGGCAACGGACACGGACACUCACGGCUGACAGCUCGAUCCCCUUUGGUGGGGAAGGGGGGGAGACGCUUCUUUUGAAUUAAGUAGCAUCUCCUCACGUCCCGUAGCAGCAAAAUCGGCCAUAGUUACAGUGCGUGACCUAUCUCAUGAAAUCUGAUAACGGAAUCUCAUGGGAGAAUUUCUGGACGCCUUUAAGGUUGAGCAUUUUGUUCGCUCAUCCACUUUCUUCAAUAAAAUGUCAUUUUCUUGUGUAGAAAUUGUGUGUACGUAAUUAUAUCAAAUGAAGUAUCAGUAAAUUUUAGCGAAAAUGGACGUUGGAAUAUAUUCGUGCAAUUUCCUAUGCUAAUACAUGUCCUAGACUCCGGUUACGCAUGUGAGCGACUUUUUCAUUGGAAGGACAGUAAUUUACCUGCGAGAGUUUUAAUAAAGAGAUUUAGCCGGACUAGAAAUUUUAUUUUAUGUCCGAUGUCCAUGGUGAUCAAACUGCUAACAAGAAGGUUAUUUUAAGAAAACCAGAGGCUUUGUCAAUUCCUAAGUGUCAAAUUAGCAGUUCUGUGCGAUAUGGUGUCCUAAAAUGCAGUAAUAACGCAGAUAGUGAUUCCUAUGUGUAAGUGGGCUGAAAUUGCUUUGCCGUUUGGAAAAUUCUAGCUGAUGUCACAUAGAUGACCAUCACGGAACGGUCAUUUCCAGCUUUAAACAUAUGAAACACUACUUGUUGUGUAGUUUAGCUUCUGUGCAUACUUUAUUCAGAAAUAGAACGAGCAAAGCAUUAAUAGUUACAGCAAAAUAUCAGUAUUUAUAUAGGCGCUCUGCCAUACAUACAAAAUCGAAGAACGGAGUCUAAAGGCGAACAAAAACAGUGGAAAUGGCCUCAAUGUAUACAGAAAGGCAUGUUCUUACGUUUGCCGUUGACAAAUAUUGAUAUUGCUUAGGAACGCGAAAUAAACCGCCCAAACUGUCAAAUUUUUACUUGGCCUCGCCAUGCAAAAAUACAAAGUACACAGAAAUCCGUCAACGGCGUGCACUUUGCGAGUGAUUGACAUUCAUUCGUAAAUUUCGACACAUUUCAUGAGUUAGGUCACUAACUGUAUCAGACAACACAAGUUGUUUAGGGUACCGUGCACACAAUCUAAUAUUUUGACUGCAACCUGGUGACUUCUUCCCCAUAAUUAGCCUUCGCUACCACAAUCUCAACCCCGAGUAUAUUUUCGAACGCCUACAAAAGAUCAGGGAGGCCUACAAACUGACGGUCCUCAUUGUCCUGGUGGAUGUGGUAAGUUUAAUUGACCCUACAUGUUUUUAUAUGCAUCGCCCCAAAGGACGAUUCGCAUCAUCCACUCAAGGAGUUAGACAAAUUUGGCCUUACCCAGAAUGUUACUGUUAUGCUGGCCUGGAGGUAAGUGUGGAGCAGUCGUUGUAUUUGACCCGAUUUAGCCCGACCGAAGCAGCCCGCUACCUGGAAACCUUCAAAACCUCUAUAAACAAACCGCCAGACGACUUGCUACCUGAUGGUGACGCCAAGAAUGACCAUCUCGCCUUAGCGACGGGCUUUUUAACCUCUCUUCGGCACAUCUCAAAGUCAGACGCGGCUGCCCUUCUAACCAAGUUCGGCGUAAGUAUUAGCCUUAAUCCGAACCGUCCGUUCUCUGCUUCUUUCACUAACCUGUUUCGCGCUUUUUUGUUAGAGUAUCGCCAGUAUUAUGAAAGCCGAUGUUGAAUCACUUGAAAGUUGCCCGGGCAUUGGUGGUGUCAAGGUGAGUUGUCCCCUUUCUUGUUACAAUUUAAACGCAACUCUAAUAGGCUCAAAAGCUGCAUGAUACACUCCGAGCGACUUUCAAAAGGAAGAAUUUGGAGUGA